CGGGCGGAGACGCGGGGCGUGCUGCGCUGAGGUCUUGCGGUCUGGACUUGGACUCCCGGUCUGGACUCGGGCGCUGUCCCCGCGUGGCCGCCUGCGCUUCCCCGUCUUGCCCGCGGGUCGAGCCGCGCGGCGGCGCGUCUCCGGAGCCCGAGCCGGUGUGUUCUCUCGGUCGGUGAAGAUGUUGGCACUUGUGUUCGCAUGUGAAGGCGGGUUUUGCUGGCGACUUCAGUGACGCUUCUUCUCAGAAACGCUGUAGGUGUUUUCCGCAGGCGCUCGUAUCCUCAUUUCCAUGACAGAUCCUGACGGCAGCACGUGCGAAGAGUAUAUGAAGAUGAUCGCCAAUAUAGUCGUUCUGAGCCUGGUCAUCUGCAUUUCUUUGGCCUUCUGGGUUAUGUCUAUGACUGCAAGCACCUAUUAUGGUAACUUGCAGCCUGUUUCUCCUUGGCGUUGGCUGUUUUCUGUUGUUGUUCCUGUUUUGAUCGUCUCUAAUGGCUUUAAAAAGAAAAGUCUAGAUCACAGUGGGGCUUUAGGAGGGCUAGUGGUUGGCUUCAUCCUGACCAUUGCAAAUUUCAGCUUUUUUACCUCUUUGCUGAUGUUUUUCCUUUCUUCUUCAAAACUCACUAAAUGGAAGGGAGAAACAAAGAAACGUCUAGAUUCAGAGUAUAAGGAAGGUAAAUAUAAGGAAGGCGGGCAGAGGAAUUGGGUUCAGGUGUUCUGUAACGGAGCUGUGCCCACAGAGCUGGCCCUGCUGUACAUGAUAGAAAAUGGCCCCGGGGAAAUCCCGAUAGAUUUUUCCAAGCGGUACACUGCUUCAUGGAUGUGUUUGUCUCUCUUGGCUGCACUGGCCUGCUCUGCUGGAGACACAUGGGCUUCAGAAGUUGGCACCGUUUUGAGUAAAAGCCCACCAAGGCUGAUAACAACCUGGGAGAAGGUUCCGGUUGGGACCAACGGAGGGGUUACAGUGGUGGGCCUUGCCUCCAGUCUCCUUGGUGGUACCUUUGUGGGCAUCGCAUACUUCCUCACACAGCUGGUUUUUGUUAAUGAUUUAGACAUUUCUGCUCCCCAGUGGCCAAUUAUUUUAUUUGGGGGUCUGGCUGGAUUACUAGGAUCAAUUGUGGACUCAUAUUUAGGAGCUACAAUGCAGUUUUCUGGUUUGGAUGAAAUUACUGGCAUGGUGGUCAACAGCCCAGCGAGUGAGGUGAAGUACAUAGCAGGGAGACCCAUUCUUGAUAACAAUGCCGUGAAUCUGUUUUCUUCUGUUCUUACUGCCCUCCUGCUCCCAACAGCUGCUUGGGGGUUUUGGCCCAGGGAGUGAACUUUAUUUCAUUUACAAAGGUUGAAACUGUGGUAAGUUCAGCUAAAUUUGCAAUUCCAGGUUUCAUCCUAAGAAGAAUAAUAAUGACAGUGGAAAUGCUGGCUCCUUCCAUGUUCCAUUGUGAUGGAAUUCCACAUUUUUCCUAUCAACUCCUUGUAAUAGCUGUCAUCUUCCUCGUGAAAGACAAGAGUACAUAGAACUUAUCCAUAUUUUUCUUCGCUCAGUGGAGCUUCCUGAGCAGUGAAGCUAAAAUGUCCGUGUAUAUUGCUAAAAGUUGAACUGAAAGAUCCGACUUGGUAGAUAAAAAUUUUGUUUUGUUUGUUUAAACCAGUAUAGGGACUAAAAGUGAUAAAAAUUUUUUAAAGUGGUUCUCAGUAGUGGUGGAGAAAUGCCACUGUGCCAAAUGUUCUGUCUGUUGUAAGUGGUUCAAACUGGUGUGUGUGGAAGCCUGAGUAAGUGUGGUGUCCUGGACUUCUCCCAUUACUUGCCGUUUACGAUGGUGAAAAGUGUGGAGUUUGGUUCCUGGGGAGCUGUGAGGCCUCCUUGCUCAGGGUUAGUGAUAGAAAAAAAGUAAAUGUCUUUUCCAUAUGACCAUUUAGAAUGCGUGAAAAAAUUAUUUUUAAGUAAAAGCAAAAGAGAUUUAUCUUGUAUUUAAAA